AUUAAGUGUUUUAACUUUUCGGUAAUGGAAAUCCCAUUAAGGUUAAAGUUACAUACAUGAAAACAAAACUAGAGUCUAAAUAUAUCUUGCUUUUGAAUCUAUAUACCCCAUUACUUCAAUUCACUACAGAUAACUUUAUUCUCCAAUUUUAAGAUGAUCAAAGUAGUACAUAGUUUUAAUCAUUAUUAAACAAAGCUCCUAGUAAAACUUUGAAACGAGAAGACCAAGGAGGCAAUAGUCAAGUGGAAUAAUAAUAGAGCCUUGCACUCCAUCUUGAAUCUGCAUGAAAACAACAAUGGACAAAAUAAACCACUUUGUUUGAUUCCACUAAUUUUUAAUGUUUAUGUACUUUGAUAAUGUCAAUGAAUUAAUUAUCUUCAUUCUUAUCCUCUUUUGGGAACAAUACAAGAAGUGAUGGAUGACCUUGCAUGGUUCCAUAUAGACAUUUAGAUAUUAGAUUUAGAUUCAUUCAAAUCUUAUACCUCAAGCCUCAAACUUUAUUGUGUCAAUGAAUGAGAACAAGAUUGAUUAUUGCAGAGGAAUGAUUCAACAAAGCCAAGGAGGACUAUUUGAUACCAUACAGUGUUGGAACAUGGUUGGAGGAGGAUCACGGCCGCCACUGCCGCCACAAAUAGGCCCUGCUGCCACCAUCAUGAGCCGGUUCGAGUCGCCGGCUUCUGCCUUCUAUGCAGCAGAACUCUGCAUGGGGUUUGCAGAAUAUGAACACUCUCAGGCUCAGUUCUCUAAGAUGAAUAAUAAUAAUAAUAAUAAUGAUUUGGAAUUCCCUUUGUAUCAAAGGGACAAAUUUGAUCUCUCAAACACUUUGCAAGCAAUGGUGAAUUCUCAAUUCAAUACCAAAAAUCAAUGCUUUAGAUCAUCCAACAAAAUCCCAUGUGACAAUUUUCCUGCCAGAAAGUUCCAUCACCAACAGAAGUUCUUCACUGAUGCCAUGACUUCACCAUUUCCUAACAAAGGAAAUCAAGAUAAUAUAGUGAGCUUUGAUUCUUAUCAAGAUAGGUCUCCAACACCUUCUUCAGGAGGAAGUGUAUCAGCAAACUCUGCUUCUAAUGGGGUAACCAUAUCGAGUAAGACGCGUAUAAGAUGGACUCAGGAUCUUCAUGAAAAGUUUGUUGAAUGUGUGAAUCGCCUUGGUGGUGCUGAUAAGGCAACACCAAAGGCUGUAUUGAAGAUGAUGGACUCAGAUGGAUUAACAAUCUUUCAUGUCAAAAGCCAUUUGCAGAAAUAUAGAAUUGCUAAGUACAUGCCUGACCCAAUUCAUAAUGGGAAAUCUGAGAAAAGAAUCCACAUAGAGAAUCUUCAACAUCAACAUCUUCAUCUUGAUAUGAAGAGUGGAAUUCAAAUUAGAGAAGCACUUCAACAACAAUUAGAUGCACAAAAGCUUCUUCAUGAACAACUAGAGAAUCAGAGAAAGUUGCAGCUGCGAAUCGAGGAACAAGGUAGGCAGUUGAAGAAAAUGUUUGAAGAGCAGCAAAAAGCAACGAAUGAACUUUUGAAUUGUCAGAAUAUAAUAACCAAAGAUGAUACAUAAAUUCAGAUUAGUCAUUUGAUCGAUACCUUUAAUUAAUUUCUAUGUAAAAGUGGUUAUUGUUUUUUCAAAUUUUUCUUAAGGGAGAAAAAAAAUAAAUAGUUAAUCAUGGCACGUAUAUGAAGUGUGCUUUACAUACUGUAUUAUAUCGUAUAUCAGAUCCUAUGCAUACACUAGAACUACUGAAUAAGAAAGUUCAUACUGUAUUUUAAGUUCUCUAAAUGGAGAACUUUUUUUCUUUUC